AUGGCCCAGAGAUGGUUCCACAACUUGAAAACCAGCUCCAUCUACUCUUAUGGGGACUUAUACCUCAUGUUUAUGCGACAGUUUGCUAGCUCCAAGAGAAUGGGAAAGACCGCUAUAUCUUUGAUGGAUGUCAAACAGGAACCACAGGAAUCGUUAAGGGAGUACGUGACCAGGUUCAACAUGGCCGUGUUAGACACACCAGAGGCAGAAUCACAGAUCAAAUGUUACGCGUUCGUUCGAGGAUUAAAGCAAGGUCCCUUUUUCGACGUAUUACAAAUUACAUCGCCUAAGGAAUUCGACAACAACAUGGCCAUACUACCAGGAUAUCUGCAAUUGGAGGAUGCUAAGGCCGCACGAAGGGCCGAGGCCGAUAAACUCCGGGUGAAGAAAGGUGAUAACGGGAUGCAUCCCAGUGAUAAACAUUCUCAGAGAACACCAUACAAGGGUCUACCGCCAAGAAUACCAGCCAUAGCAGUAGAGACCAGGCCUCUUUCUCCAGGACCUGCGCAGACUGAUCGACGCAACAAGGGUGGUGGUGAUAUACGGGAGCGUCAUCCGCUGAAUAGGCCUGCUGACGAAAUCUUCCAUCUUCUUAAAGAUGAAAAUUGGUUCCGAGCCCCGUAG